AUGCGUCCACGCACAUCCCUUGUUUGUUUCAUGCAGCAGGCCCACUCCACCAUGCCCAUCUACUCUCCUCCAUGUGCUGUCUCCUUGCCUCCGUUUUUCUUGUGUUGCCAGCCAACAAGCGGCUCCCCUCCCCCAGCAAGCACACACACACGCGCACGAAUACCAGAGGAUAAAAGCGCAGCAAUGAAAACGCUCACGAAGCGGCCGCGGUCAAAAUCUUUGCACGACGCGAUACCACGUCGCGCUUCAAGGAAGGAAACCGCUACCGCCUCGCAUUCGGCACCCGCGCCAGUAUCAUCUCCCACCUUGGCGGCUGCCUCUGACGCAGUCGCCACGUGUUCAGCUACCGCCCCUGCGCCCGAUGAUCGAGAGCCCUGCAAGAGUGCCCUUCUCGUUGUGAGUACCUGCCACGCCGUCAUGGCUGGUCUCGUGUACCGUAAGGAGAAAUUCUACAUAAAGUUCUCGGUGAAGCGGCACGUCGGUCGUGUAAACAGUGUUGCAGUAACGGAGCGCUACAUCGCCAGCAGCGGCGUCGAUGAGCGGGUUUUUCUCUUCACAAACAAGGCCGAGGAGCGCCUGACAGCUGCGGCGCGCAAGAGGAUCCGGGAGGCUGGCGAGCCCCUCGCAGUGCGACUGGCUGAUCUAGGCAGCAUCGCACCCCCAUCUGAAGUCACCGCGCUCGUCUUCGCGGAUGGCUCUCAGCACCUCCUGUGUGGCUGUUCCGAUGGUCAGCUGCUGAUCUACCGCUGCCGCGACUGGUCCGUCAGCACGACGCUCACGGUGCACGAGAAAGCUGUUGUUGGUCUUGCUGUGCACCCCGGCAGCCACGGCACUCUUGCCGUCACCGUAGGAGAAGAUCGUGCGAUUGCCGUGCUCGAUCUUGUGAAGGCGAAGCUGCUGACAAAGUGGAAGUACAACCCCUCUCUUGCAGCUGCUGGCAGUGUCUCUCAGAAGACUCAGGACGACGCACAAGAGCAGGCGCAGAGGCCUUCCGUCUUUGCGUCAGCACGCGAGGAACCCGUCGGUGUUCUCUUCUCUCCUCAGGGCACCCGGCUAGUCGUCUUUAGCCGCUUCUCCUUUGUUGUCUACGAGGCUGCUGUCAUGAAGCCCAUCUGCAGCCUUCGCUGUGUCAACCCGCAGCCGUCGGACGAGAUGCACCGCGUCGCCUUCUUCUCCGAGACAGAGCUCAUCGUGGGCACGGAGGUGGGUGCGCUUAAAGUGUGCCGCAUUGAGGGAACUCCCGAGAAGCCGUUGAACAUGACGGCGCGGCUGGUUCCGGUCUCUGUGACAUAUCCGGAGAGCGUGCGCGCAGCGGCGGCAGCACUGUUGGCGACGCCGGUGAAAGUGGACGUAGAAGCGCGCCAAAAAAAACCGUUGCGGCACAUCAACCGCGUCAAGGCGUUGCAGGUGCAGGGCAGCACCAUCUUCUCCAUUGACUCCAGCGGCAUCGUGAUGGCGUGGUGCGCGAGGAGGACGGUGGACGACCGGCUGACUCUGCAGUACGUGACGAGUGCGAACUGUCAAGGACGUGUGACGGCCAUGGAGCUCUAUCCCCUUCGUGUGUAA